AUGUUAAGAAGUGGUAAACUGCUACCUAAUAGAGAUGGUUCACCUCAGAUCAAUGUGGACAUCGAUGGCGAGGAAGGGGACGAUUUAGUUGAGUUUGAAAACAUCACUGCACCAAACUCGAUCGAGCCAGAAUCUAACCAUGAACCAGAACUCAAUCGAGCCAGUGAACCAGAGCCUGAAUAUGACAAGGCUGAACUCGAUCGAGUUACCAAGCCAGCUGACAGAGUUAGUCCCAGUCUGCCUGCUAAGUCUGUUAGUAAGAAGAAGGACACUCCAUUUGUGCCACCAGCCUACAAACCCCCUUUGCCUUUCCCAGGAAGGUUCAAGAAACAGUUGAUGGAAAAGCACAAGGCUAUAUUUGAUGAAAUAAUGAAGGAGAUUGAUCUGAAGCUGCCUUUUAUUGAUGCACUAAUGCUCAUUCCACCUUACAAAAAGUUCCUGAAAGAUGCUGUUCUUCAAAGGACCAAGGAAGCUCAAGGGAUGGUAGUUCUAUCCCAUGAGUGCAGUGCAAUCAUCCAGCGCAAAGCCAUCUCCGAUAAGAAGAAAGAUCCAGAGAGUUUCACGCUACCUUGCACGAUAUGA